AUGGCCGCAAAAGGCCAGAGGCCACGCUGCAUGGGUUUCGAUCCUACCCGCCGAUCAUCCGACGCUGGGAGGCAUGGGUACCGGUACGGGCACGGGUACGGCCGAGGGCGGAACCUGCCUGCGCAGCUUAUCAUAACCUGCUCGAGCCAUGACGCGAGGCCGGAGAUACAUACGGCCCCGCUGCCACGGCCCCGGGCAGACGUUUAUGAAGGCAGCAUCAUCCAGAAAGCUCCAAUCAUGGAAGCAAUGACGCACGAGCUGGACGGAUCUUCCACCGACUUGACUGAUACUGAGAGCGACACGACCAUGGUCUCGCCUCCUACUGGGACAAGAUCAUGCUUCCAGAGCUCUCCUGCCCAAGGUCUCCAAUUCACCGAUUUCUCAAACUAUCUUGGCGAUUGCAUGGAUAUUGAAGACCCCGACCAUAGCUCCUUCGCCCUGGGCUCGGACGCCGAUUCCUACUCUGUCAGAACCCCUGGUGAAGAUCCGUACGGCUGGGACGCUGUUUUGGACACCAAGUUCACGAAUCCGUUCGAGAACUCGGCCUCCGAGUCUCAACAGAGACGCGGCAGCAGAUCCAAGCGCAGCCUGCUGCAGCGCGUUCUGAGCACUAGCGGGCUGUCGACACGGGAUCCACCCCUCGGACUCUGCGGCAGGUCCCUACUCCAUGGCCGACGAUGA